GACAGUCAACUAAACGCCUCCAUCAUCCUCGACUUCUGUGCGGGCAGGCGAAACUGCGGACAACACAUGAUGCUAGAAUCGGUCCUGCCGUCUCAGCUGAUUUUUGGUCAGCUAGCGGUUGGUGGCAAGUUGAACGAUGGGAACCGUUUGCGUGAACUGGCUCUAGAUAACAUCGUCGUGAACUCAGAUUUGGUGGAUGUGACCGAGGCGACGGUCAGCAAGCCGCAUAUUCGAGGCUGCACGGCCUGUGCACUUGCCUGCGGUGACCGUAAAUGUGGCCCCUAUGGCGUCUGCCGUAAUCCCUGGACCGCGACCGAGAGCUUCACUUGCACCUGCAGGGUGGGCUAUCAGCCGGAGCUCCAAAACGGGACACCAACUCUGGUAUUUGCAAAUGCAAUUCUGACAAUUCCAGGCGUCAACGGCUCCGACGGUGACUGGCAUCACUAUCGAGUGAGCAUAACGACCCGCGAUGUCCGAUUCGAAGUGCCGAGCGUGGGUAACAUUGGCGGCCAACAGUAUCCCCUCGGAAAAGUGGACCGGAGCAGUUUGCUGGGACUGCAGCCUGGUUGCCCCAACGCGGACCUCUGCCAGCCUCUAAACCCCUGCGAAGGAAAUCAGCUGUGCAUCCCGGAAUGGCAGUCCUACCGCUGCGUUUGUCCCGAUGGCCUGGAACUGAUGUCCGCUCCAGAUGGAGUGCAAUGCGUUCAGACCACGUGUGAUCCUAACCCCUGCCGCAAUCUCGGCAUUUGCAGGCCGUCUGAUACUUUGAUUACCAUAGACAAUAUCUCCUUGGCCGUCGCAUGCUCCUGUCCUACCGGUUGGACAGGAGCGCUUUGUGAGCUUUCCGUGCCAAUGCAGAACAUACAUAUGGCCUGGUGGAGCCUACCCGCAGCCUUUAUCGUCCUAAUACUCGGUUAUGUACCGCCCUAUGGGCGGCAUUUUGUUGGUUUUGGUGGAAAAAACGACGAUUUAACUGUUGCCCGAAGAGAAAUGCCCAAUCUACCCGGGUCAUCGGCCAACCGGCGUUGA